CAAAUUAAAGGAUUUUUUUGACAAGAUGACAUGAAUCAUUCAGGAAACGAUCACACAGCGCAGAUAAAUGUGAAAUGAGAAAUAAGUCCGGUCAAUUGCAUUCGUUGUCUUUAGGUAGAGCGGCAGUGGGGAUGAUGAUUCGAUUUAUAUUUUGUGUGAUUUUAAUUAAUGGAUACCUUCUCGGGGUGGCAAAUGCUGAUGGGAAUAAUCAUCAAUCACAGGUAGUAAGGCUUGAAUCAGCGAAUGUAGUUCACCUGUCACCCUAUAAUAUGAUGGUGGUACCAUCGGAUGUGGUAGUUGUAGAAUUGAACAUUUAUGCUGGACGGGAAGAUCCUUAUAUCCAACUCCCCAGGGCUCAGAUCCAUCGCAUGCUGCAAUCCAGCUUUGGAUGGAGGAAUCCUGGGAUAUCAACUGGAUUGGGAUACCAAGGGUUUACAAUAUACAACUACCAACGUGGCCCGUUACUAAUCGGUUGUGGGUCAGACGUUGGAGUAGAAACAGGGUUACUGGAUAGGCUUGGUCUUGGAAUCGACAGAGAGCUUCGUCAUUACGUCCAGUCACAGAUACAGUUCAGCUCCCAUCAACGACAUCAUCCACAUCAACGACAUCAUCCACAUCGACACCCACAGCAAGGAAUACCGCCGCAUGGAUUUGGGUGUCGCCCACCACCAUCUACAUCCAAAUUCGAGCCACAUGUUUGGAACAACCGCACAUUUGUUCGAAGACGAAACAACUGCUACAACUAUGCGAACAACAUUAUCACAAACUCAUUUGCCCAACCUGGAAGAGCAAACCGCCACAACAUAACUAGAAAUCCGAUUAAUCUGUAUGGUCAAUCCGUUUUCUAUGGGACACAACUAGAUGGAUUGACCCCCGUACCAGCGCACACACAGUGUCUACCAAACGCUGGAUUGAACCUGGUUGCUCUUGUCAUUUGGCCUGGGCGAGACUACCAUUUCUAUAGGCUAGACAACAAUGGUUUGUUUUCUCACAAACCUGGUAGAACAGCGGCCAAAAAUGUAGAUAAUUCCAACAAUCUUAUUUUAGACCCACGAACAUGUGAUCGUGGACCCUAUAGAGUAUUUCAGGGAUUUUUUACCACGAAUGUGUUUGAUGUUCGUCAUAUUAUGUAAAGGGGAAAAAUACAGUCCAAUGAAAGAAGAUCUCGAUGUUUUCUUAUUUUGAUAAGAAAUUUCUUUUCUUUUCUUUAAUCCACAUUUAAUAUAUAUAUAUAUGUGUGUGUAUACGCAGAGCUGUGUUGUUCAAUUGUGCGGUUAAUAAAUUGCCACUUUAUAUA